AUACGGCUGUUGGGUAUCAGUCUUCGACCGUCCAGUCAACCUAUCAUACUAUUAUCAUCGACAGUGUAUCUGCAACGAUAAACUCAAAAUCAAAAUGAGCAUCAAAAUGUCGCUUUUCGCUAUCGUCGCCUGUUGUCUGGCCGCCAUGUCCGCCGCCGCCCCGUCCGGUUUAGUUCCCGUUCCCCUGGCCGCUCCCGCACCGGUCGUGGCCGCAGCCGCCCCACCAGUGGUCACCGCUUACAGUUCACAGUACGUGGCCAGGAACUAUAACGGCAUCGCAGUCGCACCCGCAGCCGUCCCAUCCGCGGCCAUCGUCGGCUAUCCAGCAGCACCCGCACCCAUCUACGCACCCGCCGCAUAUGCCUACCCGAGUCCCCUGGUCCAAGACUACUUGUUCUAAACUUAUUACAGCGCAGGUCGAGAAUUCAAAGCAUACGUAUAUAUAGUGGUACUAUUUUCGUGCGUCAAAGUCUCUUCGCCGUGAUCUUCAUUCUUAAACUUCAUUUCUCAAUCUUUUAUACGUCAUAUUGUUUAUCUGUUAUAAAAACAAUGUUUGUUGUUAAUCUACCGUUAUGUUUAUUUUUAAAACUCUUGUACGAUUUCUAUAUAAAUAAAUAAAUCAAAAAGCGUUUGUUCUUCGCAAACCACGAGUUGACAAAAUAUAUAUA